UAAAAUAAAAUUUUGAAAAUCCUGAAAAUUAGUGAAAAAGAAUAAUUUCGUUGUAAGUAAAUAUGAGUGUUGUGAAAAUCUGUUAAUUUAUAUUUAUUAUAACGUCAUGUAAUUGUUUAAAAAGUUGCAGCUCAAUUAUGAAGUUAAAUAAAACUCACACUGAGGAAACAAAUAAUGUUAAGAAAGAAAUACUUAAAUCCAACGAAAGGGAGGAGUACUCAUGCUUUUUGGGAACAUUUAAUACAAAAUUAAUAUGGGUGAAUAUUGUCGCAAUUUUUAUUUUGCAUGUUGCAUCAGUUAUUGUUAUUGUAACUUACCCUUGGACUACAAAGUUACGAUUAGUGGCCUAUGCUUUUCUUAUUGGUGGAAUGGGUGGUUUCGGAGUAACAGGUGGAGCUCACAGAUAUUGGACACAUAGAUCAUUCAAAGCAAACACACUUUUAAAAAUAAUUUUGUUGAUUUGUUAUUCCACAGCGGGACAGAAUUCGUUAAAAAAUUGGGUAAGAGAUCACAGGGUCCAUCACAAGUUCUGCGAGUCGCCUGCUGAUCCACACGACUCGAACAGAGGUUUCUUUUUCGCCCAUUGCGGCUGGUUGAUGAUGAGAAAACAUUCGGAGGUGAUCAAGAAAGGUAAACAAAUUGAUUGCAGCGACGUUUUGGCGGAUCCUUUGACGGCUUUCCACGAAAAAUAUUUUUUAGCCUUCAAGAUAAUAUUUUGUUUUAUCAUUCCCACUUCCGUGCCACCCUUGUUAUGGAAUGAAUCUUGGUGGUGGUCGAUUGGGGCUAUUGCUGUUGUUAGGUAUUGCUUAUUGCUCAAUUUCACUUGGUCUGUGAAUAGUGCUGCACAUUUGUGGGGAUAUAAACCAUAUGAUAAAACUAUACAGCCUGUAGAAAAUUUGACGGUUUCGAUACUGUCAAUGGGCGAAGGAUGGCACAAUUAUCAUCACACUUUCCCCUGGGAUUACAAAACUUCCGAAAGUGGCAAAUACAAUUUGACGAAAUUUUGGUUAGAUUUCUUUGCAAAAAUUGGUUGGGCCUAUGACCUUAAAUCACCUUCCGAUGAUUUGGUAAAACAAGUAGUUUUGAAUAAAGGUGACGGCUCCCACUGGAGUUGGGGACAUGAAGUAUCAGAACAAGAGGACGUUUAUAAAACACAAUAAAUGUGCAUUUGUUAAAUAAUUUUAAA